GCUGUCUCUCUCUCUCUCUCUAACGCAAAGUUCUUUCCUGGUUAAUGGCUGUUCUCUCUCUUGAAACGAUCUAUGAGCUAUUCUUGUCUUUCUUGGUUGAUGAUUCUUAUUCCCUUACUCUUCCUCUUUCUAUACAUCCACAUCCUGGCUCCUUCAAGAACUAUAUAUCAGGAUAGUCAAGGAGAGAGAGGGAGGAGCCAAGAAAGGAUGAGAGGUGACUGCACGCCAACCCUGGCCAUGGUGGCAGUCCAAGUGGGUUUUGCAGGCCUCAACGUGCUGUCGAAGUUGGCGUUGGACGACGGCAUGAGCCCCUUCGUCAUGAUCGCCUACCGUCAGCUCGUCGCCACCCUCUUCCUCUCCCCUCUUGCCAUCUUUCUUGAAAGGAAAGCUUGCAGGGAGAUUACACGCAGGGUUAUCAUCCAAAUCUUCUUCUGCUCUGUGUUCGGGGCUACACUGAACCAAGUCUUGUACUUCCUCGGGCUCAAGUACUCCUCGCCGACGAUCGCAUGCGCCCUCAACAACAUGCUGCCUGCCAUUACCUUCAUCAUGGCCGUUCCUUUCAGGAUGGAGACAGUAGGGAUCAGAACACUGGGCGGGCAGGCCAAGGUGAUGGGAACCCUGUUGUGUGUGAGUGGUUCCAUGUUGAUGACCUUCUACAGAGGAAGCCUCAUCAAGGUGUGGCGAUCCCACAUCCACUGGAGAUACGCCGAAGAGAUGACGAUCAGCAGCGCGAACAACGCCAGCGACCAGAAUAUGGCUGUUGGAGCUGCCUUGGUCAUCUCCAGUUGCUUGGCUUGGGCCGUCUGGUUCAUCAUCCAGGCGAAGAUGAGCAAGAGCUUCUCUUCUCCGUACACCAGCUCCGCUCUCAUGUGCUUCAUGGCCGGCGUGCAGUGCUUCGUCAUCGCAGCCGGCGUCGAGAGGAGCUUCUCGGCGUGGGCGCUCGGUUGGGACAUCAGGCUCGCGGCGUCGCUCUACACCGGAUUGGUGGGAUCAGGGCUGGCAGUUUCUCUCAUGUCAUGGUGCAUACAGAAGAGAGGCCCCCUCUUCGUCUCAAUGUUCAGCCCGCUGCUGCUCGUCAUCGUUUCGAUCCUCGGUUGGGCGAUCCUCGACGAGAAGCUCUACGUUGGAAGUGUCACAGGAUCUGCACUAAUAGUUGGAGGACUCUACUCGGUCCUCUGGGGCAAGGGAAGGGAGAUCAAGAAGCUGAGAGAUGUGUGCCAGAGAACUAAUGGAGAUGGAGAUGAUGAGGGAGGAGCUGUUGCAGCUGUUGGUCUCCCAUUGUUCUCUUGCCCAUCCAAGCUUCCAAUUCAUCAGGUUGAAGCAGGCCAACCUUGAGACACAGAUGAUCAUGGCGACUCACUGAUUCAUGCUGUUAACCCUGUUGAUCCAUCUCAGGAGAGUGAGUACAGGAGAAUGCUGGAAUCCUAUAUCAUGAGGCAUGUGGCAAGAUUGACACACCUGUUGUUGAGCUCAUAUUUUUGUUGUUUAUGGUGGAUGGUUGUGCUCAUGGUAAUCAAUGAGCUAUUAUAUUUUGUGAUACUAUAUCUUUCCUGAAGCCAGAAAUUGAAGGCAUAUACCUUGAAA